CGCGCCCCCCUUCCCCGUCCUGCCUCCGCUGGUGGGAAUCGGAAUACAGAGUCACCACCAGCAUCUUCCCCAGGCGAAGAGGCGAUAAUAGCCGCCGCGGGCGCCGGGUGCGCGCAGAGCUGCCAUGAGACGCGGCUUGGCCCGGACCCUGCUGCUCAACAUGUACCUGCCAGACCCGGUCGGGGAGACUUUGUUCAAAGAAGGCAAAAACCAAGCGUGGGGCUCCCUGGGGCCAGGGGUGCAAAAAGGCAGUGGACAGAUUCAGUUGUGGCAGUUUCUGCUGGAGCUGCUUUCAGACCGUGCAAACCUCAACUGCAUUGCAUGGGAGGGCACCAACGGUGAGUUCAAACUGCUGGAUCCCGAUGAGGUGGCACGGCGCUGGGGCGAGCGCAAGAGCAAGCCCAACAUGAACUAUGAUAAGUUGAGUCGGGCGCUACGCUACUACUAUGACAAGAACAUCAUGACCAAGGUGCACGGCAAGCGCUACGCCUACAAGUUCGACUUCCAGGGCCUAGCACAGGUCUGCCAACCAGCCACGCCUGACCACACCCUCUACAAAUUCCAGGCACCCUUGCCUUUCUCUGGCAUCUCCAAACUCAACAUCAUGGCCUCCGGUGUGACCCCUACCAGUUUCUCCUACUGGCCAGGUUCUACUCCGGCCCUGUACCCCAGCCAUGGCCUACAGCCGUCAACACCCUUCAGUGCCAUGGCAACCUCCCAUAUCAACAACAUGAACAGUCACUACCACUAGGCCUCUUGCGGCUGGAGGGAAACAGGAGGGAUGGGAGGGAUGGCCUUUAGACUUCGCCCUGGGACACAUCCAGUUUGAUUGUGGAGAUAUUGUGUGGAAGGGGGCAGGGGCUGAAGAGAUGGACUGGAUCUCAGUGGUAGCAAAGGAGCUGGGAGACAUAAGGCCUCUUUUGGGCAGAAAACACCUUCCAAUAAACCCAAGUCCUUCAUUUCAUAUGACACAUUUCAGCAACUGCCCUAAUUUCUCCCUUGUCUUAAAAAAUCCCUUGCAAUAUAUUGUAAUGGUGUCAGAGUUUCCUUGUCCUUGCUACCCUUCAUUCCCUUCGUGCAUGUAUUUAGAAAGGCAGGGAGGAAUUGAUAAGUCUCCAGCAAAGCCACACAUUCCGUCAUCCAAACAGACUCAUGGCAGAGAGGAGAUAUAAGGCUAGGGGGGGUAACCAUUACACCAAUCUAAAUGAAGCUUAGUGAGCAUGGGGCACUUGAAGGCCCACCUGGUAUAACUUAUAUGCUGCUUACAUAUAUAUCCUUUUUUGUCAAGCACACAUCAGAGCUAAACAAUGAAGUGUUUAAAAUAGGGCUGUUCUCAAUAUUUGCUUCUUUGCACUGUUUUGGCUUUGUACUAACAAUUCUGGUGUACUAGAAGUGCCUCACAAAUAGUAUUUUGAUAUUGCAAAUUGUCACCUGUGGUCACCCACACCCCUUGUUUUCCCAGGGAGGGGCAUCUUUGGUCCUGUAUAUUCUCCUGGUUUAGUCUUAUUGGUUUAGUCUGGUGAGUGAUCCCACCCAAUCAGGAAUAACAGAAUGGAUGAAUGCUAUAACAUUGCCACACAGUCAGCUGGAUCACUGAUGAUGUUACUAGAUCUGUACAUCUUUGCAGGCAGUGCUGGGAAGGAAAAGUUCAGGAAAGGAGGCAUAUUUCACAAUUGCUGACAAUGUUCAGUAUCUUUGGCUUGUGACUCAGACAUAUCUACAAAUCCAUGUUUAGCUUGGGAAAAUGCAAAUUAAGCAGGAUUCCUGCUUGGAAACAGUGUGACACCUGGCGUAGAUGGUUUCCCUUCUACCAAUAUAGACACACGUAUCCCCCAAACUUUCAUACACUUGUAGUUGUCCAUGUUUUCAGUCAAGAACCAAGCAACUUUCCACAAGCAGCUAAAAGUAGCUGAGAGCUGCAGUCUAACCCUUACAAGCUCUUGGGGUGGCUUCCCUGUGCUGCCUAAAACCAGAGGUCUGCAUAUUCACACAAGAGAAGCCACCAAUGUGCAGAGAAGCCACCAAUAUCCAUAAAUAGGAAAAAUGUGUCAUCAA